UUGUUUCUAUGACAGUAUGAGACAUUUUGUUUGAUAUUAGGUCUUAUUAGCAUAUAUUGAUACAUUUUUCAAAAUGUAUUGUACAUUUUCAUGCAGGGAGAAAACACAAGUACAACGUUUUAUUUUACAGAAAGCAUUCAGUACUCUGAGUCUUCUCGGUUCUCAUUGCAUGCAUAAAAGCGCCCUCUACCGUUUGAUUUCUAACAAACUCAAAACUUAGUCAACCAAACCAGUAGAGUAGUUCGAGUGCUGAAAUGGAGGAAAAAGUUGCAACAACUGUUGCUUCUCAUGUAAAGAGAAAAGCGGAAGGUCCCAAAAUCAAUAAAUCGGGCCCUACCGUGUCGCAGAUGAUUAUCAAAGCUGUGUCUGAUUCCAAGGAGCGCAGCGGGCUCUCUCUGACCGCGAUGAAGAAGUCUUUGGCGGCGAGUGGCUACGAUGUUGAGAGGAACAACUCCCGCGUCAACCGUGCUGUCAGGACCCUGGUGAACAAGGAGACUUUGCUCCAAACUAAAGGGACCGGCGCCUCGGGGUCUUUCAGGGUCAAUAAAAAGCAGGCAAAGCCAAAGAAAAAUCAGUCAAAAAGAAAGAGGUUCCCAAACAUAGAAAGGCUCCUUCGAAAAAAGGGCGGCACCCAAGAAGUCUCCAAAGAACGCCAAGCGACCGGCGGCUCGGAAAACUACCAGGAGCCCCAAAAAAGCGAGAAAAACAACGGCUAAGAAAGCGCAC